CCAUGCGUGGCGGCGGCGCCGGGGGCGGGUCUGCGGCGCGGCGCCGGAGGAGGAAGUGGCUUGGUUGUUGCUCCCUGCGCGCCCGCAGCUGGCUCUCGGGGAGCAGAGAGGGGCCGCAGUCUCCGCGGCUGCGUCGCGCCUCCCCGCUGGUCCCCUCCAUGUACCCCGGCGCCGCCGCUUUCCUUCCUCAGGCCGCCGCUUAUCCCGGGGUCUAUGGAAGUAAUGGAAGGACCUCUCAACCUGGCUCAUCAACAGAGCAGACGGGCAGACCGUUUAUUAGCUACAGGAAAAUACGAAGAAGCUAUUUCUUGUCACAAAAAGGCUGCAGCUUAUCUUUCCGAAGCCAUGACGUUGACACAAUCUGAGCAGGCUCAUUUGUCACUGGAAUUGCAAAGGGAGAGCCACAUGAAACAGCUGCUUCUCAUCCAGGAGCGGUGGAAAAGGGCAAAGCGUGAGGAAAGAUUGAAAGCUCAGCAGAACGCGGACAAGGAUGUGUCUCCCCAUCUUCAGACAUCUCACAAACCCUCUGCUGAAGACACAGAGGGCCAGAGUCCCCUUCUUUCUCAGAAGUACAGCCCUUCCACAGAGAGACACCUGCCUGAAAUACACGGCGUCUUUGACAGGGAUCCAGACACACUGCUGUUUCUACUUCAGCAAAAGAGUGAGCCAACAGAGCCAUGUAUGGGAAGCAAAGCCCCAAAAGAUGAUAAAACAAUUAUAGAGGAGCAGGCAACAAAAAUUGCAGAUUUGAAGAGACAUGUGGAAUUCCUUGUGGCUGAGAAUGAAAGGUUAAGGAAAGAAAAUAAACAACUAAAGGCUGAAAAGGCCAGACUUCUAAAAGGUCCGAUAGAAAAGGAGCUGGAAGUAGAUGCUGAUUUUGUAGAAAAGUCAGAGUUAUGGAGCUUGCCACCACCUUCAGAAACUGCUGCAGCCUCUUCAACCUGGCAGAAGUUUGCAGCAAAUACUGGCAAAGCCAAGGACAUUCCAAUACCAAAUCUUCCUCCCUUGGAUUUUCCAUCUCCAGAACUUCCCCUCAUGGAUCUCUCUGAGGAUAUUUUGAAAGGACUCAUGAAUAAUUAAAAUGGAAGGGUGUAGAUGAGAUGAGAAGAGGAAAUAAUACAACAAUACAGAGUUAAUUCAGCAAAAAAAAGGGAAAACCACAUAUAAGGGUAAUCCCAGAAAUGCUUCAUCAUCUGGCGUACUGUGGGAGAGGAGAAAUUGCCAGGACUUGGAAACAGUCACUGUGAAAUACGUUGCAUAUCUGAUUCACUGACUUGAGUUAAUGAUUCCAACUCAGCAGACACUAAAUCUUGGAGGUUCACUUUCUCCUGAUAAAAACCAAAUGGCUACCUGGAAUAAUUUUUUUCAAGCAACAAUUAUUUUUCUUAUCUUCAGGGUUAAAAUAUGUAAAAGUAUGUUAUGUGUAAUUAAUCUAUAAUGCCAUAAAUGAUAAUGCAAAACCUGAAUAGUAUGGUGGCCUGGUGGGCUGCCUUAUAUUUGAAACAUGCUUUUUAUCAUGCAUUGACUGUAUGCAUUUUGUCAUGCACAUUUUGUUUGUUUAAAUAAGGUGUGUAAGAUACACACUUUUCUAGAUGAAACUACAUGUGCCACACUUUGCACUACUCAUAACAUAAUGAUAACCUCAAGACUAUCAGGAGAAUAUUUAAAUUUCCAUUUUAUGAAGAAAAGAACCAAAUUAUUAGUUAUGCUUUUUUAAACAAAUUACCAGUUUACAUAAUUAAUCAGGGUGCAUUUUAAGUUCUAACUUUGUUUAUUGUAUAAUGCAUCAUUUGAAAAUACCAAGGAAAUGUCCUUUGUUUUUAAUGAUGCAUGAGUGGAAGUCUGCUAGUUGGCAGGAUUUGAUUGUAAGAAAUAAAUAAAAUAAUUGUGUUUUAUA